UGCAUGUAACCAUGGCGACUGGACGCUGAGUUUAGAAAUCUAACGUAAACACAGUUAUUAUUCGACAAAAAAGUGACAAAAUAACGAUAUUUGUUGACUUAAUAGAGGAGUAGACGUAGUGAACGUUGUCCAUUGUGUUCCCUGACCUUAUACUCGGUCGAAAAACGGCUCUGGACGCUAAAAUAUAGGUUAAAAAUAUCUUGAAGAAGUAAAUACAGGUGAUUGGAAAAAAAUGGCGACCGCACCAACGGCAGUUAUCAGGGCAGUGAAGACGUCCAAAAGAGCUGGAAAAUGUUCUUUGAACUUACUGGAAAGGCUACCACUGGAGAUCCUGAUGAAGAUUCUGUCCUUCCUGGAUGUCUCUGCCCUUUACACACUCAGCCAAGUCAACAGGCUCUUCUAUCAGCUCGCCAAUGAUAAUGUUCUGUGGGGGAAGAUCCACAGAGCAGAGCAUCGCAGGAAAAAACAUCUCAACUGUGACUGCAUGCAAAAGGUGAUAUCCAGGAUGGAGUUCGAGGAGACUCCUGCAAACUUCUGGAAGCAUGUCCACUUUAACUCUUUAAUCGAAAAUGACAUGAAGAUGUCAAAAAGUCAUCUUGGAGUCCUGAACCGUCACACUGGGCUGCCCAGCCGAACACAGCAGGUCCUCAGGAACUUGCGCGUCACCUGGGACCUGACAGUCUCUGAUAAGUCGGGUCAUCAGAGCACCAUUGAGCCGAGCUGGUGCCGGUUCUGUAAGACUACCGUGUCUCUGUGCUGGAGCGGAGGAGGCCAUCUGUCCGACUACAAGAAGAUCUCCAGCCUUCAUCUCUACGGUGUCAGGAGGGUAGCCCUCAAACUGCCCGGCCUGAAGAAACCCGUCCGCAGGUCCCUCAUGCGAACGUUAGACAUGCAAGCUGUAGCUGAAAGCGCGCAGGUCAUCGGCCGGGACAGACUGGUUGAACUCAAGCUGCUACAGCCUGGCAUCAUCAUCGGCGUCUGGAGGGAAAUGAAUUCAAAGGAGCAGAGCUCGGUCGCCUUUGUCAUGAUCACCCUCCACUUCCACAGGCUGGUGGAGAGAAGCACAAAUGAAAAUCCUCUUUGCCUUGUGGAGCCGAUCUCAAAACCCAUCUUUGACGACGUUGACCCUGAACACGGCCUCCAUGGUUACCAGCUACAUGUGACUCUCAAUGACACUGUAUGCGACAUCAUGUCGGAAAACUUCUCCCAGCUCUUCUGCCGGAGAACUGAGAUCAGUGACGGGAUGAUCCGGCUGACGGCCAUCAGCAGGACAUACCCAUCGCAGCACACGCCUCUGUCCGGCAGCGUCUGCCUUCCCUGGAGCUGUGAGGCCCUGGAGGGCGCCGUGCAGAGUUGCUGCGUCCUGAGUGUGACUCUGCUGGACUUCUGUAAUGGACAGUUCUGGUGUGUCGGCUCUGCGGUGGCCUUGCAGCUGCAGGAGACGCCCGUCUGCUACGACUACGAUGGUGAGCACUUCCUGAUCCACUAUCGGGACUCAGAGGGUCGGGUGGAGAUAAAACUUGUGAAGGAGCAGAGGCGCUUUGUUGUCGUGAGUUUAGCCGUCUAUGUGGCUGUGGGCAAAGUCAACAAGCAUUUCAGUACACAUUACUGAACCUGUAACAGAAAUAGAAGCCUUUAACCAUUACAGCAGGAUACUAGGACUAUAUCCAACUAAAUUAAUCCUUUUUAAACAGAAAGGUAUUUUUGUUAA